GGCAAACAAGGAGUGCAAGCAAGCCUUGGAAGGGUAGAUCAAGCUUUAAUCUUCAAGCGCAAAUGAUUGAUUCGGAUGACGCUUGAGGAGGCUUUUGAAGAUACUCUGUAUACUCCGUAAGAUGUUGACUUUUGCCCCGGGGUAUGUUUGAGGGGGUAGUGUGGAUAUAGGUAUGCGUAGAAUUCAUUAUGCAGGUACUCAUGUGGAUGGGUAGGUUAUUGCAGUAGUUUGUAAAGUGACAAACCGGGCCUCUUUAGUUGAUGUAUGAGUUUCUUAUUCGUAAUCAUCUGGCUUUCCUUUCUCUUGUACCUAUUUUUUAAUGUAAAAUUUCGUAGCAGGUUUUCGAUCGAAGUAGGCAUAGAAAGACAGCCCUUUUAGGUGCUGUACUGUGAGUAUCAAACUGCCUGGACUACCUUGCGGGUGCCCUUUUAUCAUUAUUCUCUCAUACGUUCGUCUUUUGCUUGUUCAUCGUUUUUCCAGAGAAAAGGCAUCUCGGCACAGUCAGAAUUUGUCAAAUCAUGCCUCCCACUGAUCUGACUAGUCCCUCAACGAAACUUGUCUCAAAUCUUCAAUUUCAUCUCUAUAACCUAAUAGCUAGAGAUGCAAUUGACGAUGGAAUCCCAAACCCUAGGGGAAGAAACCUCGCGAAUUUGGCGAUUGCCUUUGCGUGUUUAAGUUUCUUUUUUGUCGGCGCGAGGUUAGGGACGAGGGUAUUUUUGCAGAAGUUGGAGAUAGAUGAUUGGUUCAUUGUGCCAGCAUUGGUAUGUACAAAUUUCUGCUCUUCGUUGCUUUGAAAACGGAGAGGUAUGGCAUAACUCUUUUACAACCGUUUUAGCUCGCGACUACCAGGAGAUAUCAACUGCGCGAAGUGGAAAUAAUUACAGAACCUAAUUGUGUACAGCUAAUGGCGCUUGCCAUGGCAGUGACGUUCAACAUGGAAGCCAAAAAUGGUUUCGGUCUGCAUACUUCGGUAUAGAUUUAUCCCUGAAUCUGCCAUAGUUUUCAUAAUUAACAUCCCUUAGCAAGUAUCCAAAGAGCAUAAGAUCGAGGCUUUUAAAGUUAGUUCAAAUUCUUCCCUCGAGCUUCCAUUCCCAAUUCUUCCAGCAACAACUAAUACUCUUAAGUGGUUCUUCGCUGCUCAACUUUUGUACAAAAUUGCUUCAUGCUUCACGAAAAUCAGUAUCUGUCUUUUUUACCUACGGAUAUUUCCCUCGAAGAAUUUCAGAAUCGCAACUUUUGUUACCAUCGGAAUAGUCGUUGUAUACAGCAUUGCAGCAGUCAGUGCCACCAUUUGGUCAUGCAAGUAAGUAAUGGUCUCUUCUUGUCUGACACUAAUCUUGUGACAUGGUCUCUAAUCAAACUGUGUAGUCCGAUCGAGAAAUCGUGGAAUAAAGCUCUUCCUGGUUCGUGUAUACAAAUUGGAAAUGUUUGGUAUAGCACUUCUGUAAUGGCAAUAGUAACUGAUUUGAUAAUUAUCGUCUUACCGAUAUAUCAAAUUCGACGUCUCCAACUUCCGUUGAGUCAAAAAUUUGGAUUGAUCUUGAUGUUUAGUCUAGGGUUUUUUGUCAUUGCAUGCACCGUUGUUAGAAUGGCCACAGUGGGACCGGCCAUUACUGCGACAGACACAAUGUAUUAUCAAGCGACGUCAAACUCAUGGACUUUCCUCGAAGUCAAUGUUUCCAUAAUUUGCGCGUCUCUACCCAUCUUGAAAGCUCCGAUAGUAAAGUUCUGUCCCUGGUUGAUGCGAAACAAAACGACAACGUCAGCAUAUGGCGUGGACUUCUCGAAAGAUAAUUAUGGAACUAAGAACGCACUCCCAAGUCAUGAUGGCAGUGCAAGGGAUAGUAGGAUCAAGGGUAUCACUGGGAAGAAGUCAACGAAUGCGCCUAGGGAUAGUGAUGAAGAGUUUAUCUUGGAGGAGAUGGGAACGAGGGUGAGAAAAACGACAGAGUUUGACGUUAGCUAUGAGACGAGGAGUAUUAAAGUUGUUGGAGGUAGGACAAGUACAUUGAAAACGUAAUAUCUGUGGUAUAAUUGGUACUUUUUGUAUUUUCUAUUUCUACUUCACUUCGUGAAGGCGACAUUGUGUAGGGUGGGAAUCUGGAAGAACUGUAUAAUGUCUGUCUGCAUGCGGACAUGGGAUUUCGAAUCCUGGACUCUGGACACUCUUUCUCCGGGAUCGUUGUGUGAUGAAGAUGGAGAAUCAAGAUCAAAAACAUUAAAAAUAUACCAGCAAACAGAGAAUGAAGAAUAUAUCAAUUUUUUGCCCGUAUUUUGUAAAGAAA